UUAGGGUUUUGGGUUAGUCAUAAAAACCCAAAAUAUCAUCUUAUCAGCAAUGGAGCUUCUCCAUUGAAAAUCAAUGGAAGACAAUGGGGACGAUUUCGGAGAUCUCUACGCCGACGUCGAAGCUCAGGCGAGCUCGGCCAUCAAUGGCGGACGAGACUUCACUCGACUUUACACGGAACCCGGCGAACAAGACGACGAUGAUAGUGACAGUAGUAGGCCGAACCCAAACCCUAGCUCCGAGGAUGGUUUCGACGACUUGUCUGAGGAAUCAAACAAGAAUGACAAUGGAAGUGACAGUGAGGAUGAUCUCAACAUUGUUUUGAAUGACGAGGAUUGUGAGGGAAAGACCUUCCCGGUUAUGGAUCAAGUAGUGGAUGUGAAGAAUGAGGAGGAUCAAGAUGGUUUUGCGGCCAUUAAGGAGGAAGAGAAGGUUAAGUACAUGAGAACUCAGGGAUCGUCAAUUCCAAGUGAUGUGAAGGCCAAUGCAUCCGCUUUGGUGUUGGCAAGAUGUGACUGGAAUUCUAAUGUUCGCGGUCGACGAAAGGGACCAAGCUCAGGUCACAAUGAUCUUGUUGGCGCUACACGAAACUCAGUUAUGACUCAAAGUAGAUGUGGCUUCUCACUCCCUUGGUAUAGGUCUAUACUUGAUGUAAAUAUUGAUACAUUAGAGGAGAAGCCAUGGAGGUAUCCUGGAGUCGAUGUUACAGAUUUCUUCAAUUUUGGUUUCAAUGAGGACAGCUGGAGACAAUACUGUAACUCGCUGGAACAACUUCGGUGGCCAUCAUUCGGGGAAUCAGGGAACUCCAAUCACAUGUCUCGAAACCAGGAUUAUGAAGCUGGAUCGAACUAUGAUGAAGGAUUUGAGGAAACUAUGGUCGACAAUGUUGAUCAGCCAAAAGGAAGAGCAAUUCAGGUUGAAGAUGGCAGUGGUGAGCGGCAACCGUCGGUUGAUGUUAGGCGUCCACGUGAUCGGGAUUCUGAUGUUGUGAUACAGAUCACUUUGGAGGACCCCAUUGAGGACACCUCUGAUACUGGUGAAAAACUUAACCAUAGUGGUAGCACUGAAUGCGGAACAUGUAAUAAUGAGGAAUUCGAAGCUACUGACUGUAAUGGUGGCAGAGGAGAUGAAUUUUCUAUAGAAUCUCUGGAGGAAAAUGACAAAAACAAAGACAGGUGUUAUGCAAAGAUAACUUCCUCUAAUCCAAUGACAAAUGAUCCUGAUGAUACUGAAACGAACCAGAGUCCAGAUGUAAAUGGGAAUCGUCAUGAGGAGACACGUGCUUUUUCUUCGGAUGGAACUACUGAAUUACCUGAAAGUGUAUAUAAAACAAGAGAAAGUGUCAUCUUGAGAGCAUCUUGUGCAGAUAAAUACAUGGUUGAGACAGAAUUAUCACUUGAAGAAGAGGGUCAACUUAGCCUGACUUCAUCUUGUUUUGCAAGUGAUUCUGAAGCAUCAAGUGAUGAUAGUCAUCUUGACUGUGGAAAAGUUACUAGUCCUAUAAGAAGAUCAUUAGUGAAGUCAGGUGAGGAGUUGUGGGGUUCUGACUCACCUCGCCCUAAGAACCUACAGGGAAAUUAUGCCAAAAUAAAACCAGUUGAUUUCAGAGAUUAUUCCAACUGUAAAAGCCCCAUUCAAGGUGAAAGGAAGCAUCAGACUAGGAGUGUUGAUAGUCAUGCUCAACGUAAAAUAAACAUAUACGACAAUGACACAUCUCCUGGGUUAGAUGCAGAAGACAUGUAUGAUAAGGGUCGCUUAUCUGCUGAUUAUGGCAGAUGGAAGGAAAAUAUGGAAGACGUUAAUUUCACAGAUAGAGAAGAUCUCACAUACUAUGAAAAAUCAAAACAGUCCCACUAUUAUGGUAGUAGAGAGUUUGCUGACCACACUCAUACAGCUCGGAAAAACUAUAGGAACAGGGGUCAAGAUUUCCAUGAAGGGAGAGAUCCUUAUGUAGUCCAAAAUUGUGAAAAAAGAGGGUAUCUUUGUGAAGAUGAUAGAAGAGAAGGGUAUCGAUAUCGACGUGGACCUUUGUCUGGGGACAUGCCUCCAGUUUACAAGGAGACUGAGCAGUUGGUUUCUAGGUAUUCUGCCACUAGUGAACAAAUAGAUUUUCGAUCCAAAAGAAAGAACAACGGACUUCAGUUUAUGAAACCAAACAACCAUAGUAGUCAGUUUCCGGAUUAUGAACUCGAUGGCACUGACAUCAUGCGAGAGAAAAAUGCAAGGUCUGUUUCAUUGGUUAACUGGAAAAGAGAUACUCUUGAUGAAAGUUAUGAAAGACAGGUCCCCAAACGUCGGAAAGAAGUGAAAAACUCUGCCUGGAAGAGAUGCAAUGAUGCUUUCUCAUUAGAAUUGGAAGGUGCAUGGUCUAGGGAAUUAGAAGAUGAGUAUUGGAGGAAUUCUGAUGUCCAUAACUUGUCCCAUCACUCCUACAGAGAAUCAGAUGAAGAAAGAUGGACUGAACUGGAAGGUUCUUGGUCUAGGAAAAUAGAAGAUGAAUAUUGGGGGAACACUGAUGUCCAUCACUUGUCCCGUCAGUCUCACAGAGAAUCUGAUGGAGGAAGGUGGACUGAUCCCAUGCCACCAAGAAAUGGUGCAUCUCUUUCAAGAUUUGUUGAAAGAUACAGGAGACAGUUACCUGCUGGGGAAGGCAAAGAGAGUGGCUGGCUUGAAAAUUAUAAUGAUUUACACAAAUUUGAAGACGGUUUUAUUUACCGUGAUAAUAAGGUUCAUUUCAGGAGGGAGAGAAGAUGUGGCUGGAAAUCUGAAGUCCUUCCCUGGAUGGAGGAGGAACCUACCAUUAGGCAUCGAUAUGAAAAACUAAAUUUCAAAAAGUCAUCCUUUUUACGUAAGAACUAUGGGAGACAUAGAAGAAACCAAUCCACACAUGGAUCUCUUCAUGAUGCCAUGCAUAUCGAUGACAUGCAAGCGGAUAAACAUGGCUAUAGAAUGAUAAAAGACGGAAGUUAUAGCCGGGGUAUCUAUAGAAGUCAAAAGAUGUUUAGAGCUAAAAAUGAGCAGGCAUUCCUGAGGUGCAGGGAUUCAUUAAACUUGUUUGUUGGGGGAGGAAAGUUAUCUAGAAGACGACCCACAGACCGAAAUUUAAGUUGCCAUAGCAGGCUUGAAGGCACGUAUAUAGAAGAUGUUAAUGAGUCUUCUCAGUAUGAGGCAGUCCAAUCCAACCUUCCGAAAGUUGGACUCAACCUUAGCAACGAGGACUUCCAUGAUCAGUUCCCGCUUGCAGCGCGGAAUGAGGAUUUCGACAUUGAGGAGGGCCAGAUAGUAACUGAAGAAUUUUAUAGGGAUCCCUUGGAAAGACCGCAUGAUUCUGUAUCUGCAGCACGCACGGAAAGUGUGAAAAAGAGAAUGCUGGAGUAUGAUCUUGCUUCUCAUGGGAGCAAGACUGGAGGGCAGUGCGAUGAUCAAUGGAUUCUUGAGACAUUGGCAAAGAUGGAGAGACGUAGAGAGCGGUUUAAGGAGCCGAUCGCCCUUAAAAGGGAACAGGACAAAUGUGCAAAGCCCGACAUUGUUCCUGCUCCUACCAUUGUUGAGACAGCUGAAACUAAGCAACAUAGGCCAGCGAGAAAGAGGCAGUGGUGCACAGGGCAGUCUUAAAUCUCACUUCAAUUUCAUAUCUUUUAUCAUCGUCAUUUUUACUCCCAGCUUUUUUUGGAUUAGAAGAGGUCCCUAGAGAUCAAAGUUCAAACUUUUAGCAGCUCAGGCAUAUACAGAUGAGAGUGGAUUUUUUUUUUCUUAUUUUGGUUACAAAACAUUCAUGCAAAUUCAUAGUUGAGGAUAUUAAUAAACCGAUAAAGUUUGGG